AUGCCAGAUAUCAAGCUAAGAAAUCAACCGUUCGAUCUAGCUUUUCACCCUACAGAAUCAGUGAUCUUCUCAUCACUGUUGACUGGGGAAGUAAAGUCAUGGCGAUAUGAUGAUGAAGAUGGAUCUACAUCCACUUCAUGGAGUGUCAGGCCUUCAAAGAGAACUGCAAGGGCAAUAGCUCCUGAACAAGAUGGUAAACACCUUUGGGUGGGUGGUAAAAGUGGUACUUUGUUUCAACUGACUACUGAGAUGGGAACGAUAGUGAGAGAACAGGAAAAAGCUCACGAUGUACCGAUAAAUCGAGUCUUCUGCGUCAAUGAGAAUUUAGUAGCAACGGGAGAUGAUGAUGGUAUAAUAAAACUUUGGGAUCCGAGAAAACCAGAUCCAUUAAGAGAAUAUAAUCAACAUUUCGAUUAUAUAUCAGAUUUCACUUAUUUCGAAGAUAAAAGACAACUAGUAGCUACUUCAGGAGAUGGACAUUUAUCAGUGAUUGAUAUUCGAUCAAAUAAACCUCAACCAUUGACUGUAUCUGCAGAUCAAGAGGAUGAGUUACUAUCAAUUGUUCAAGUUAAAGGCGGACAAAAAGUCAUAGUGGGAAGUGGAUUAGGUAUAUUAUCUAUCUGGAAUAGAAAAUCAGGCUGGGGCGACUCCGUGGAUCGAAUACCUGGACACCCAGCUUCGAUAGAUGCUAUAGUAGCUUUAACUCCCGAUAUAAUAGCUACAGGAUCAGAAGAUGGUAUGAUAAGAGUAUUACAGGUAUUACCACAUAAAUUCCUCGGAGUCAUCGCAUCGCAUGAAGAAUAUCCUAUAGAAAGAAUAAAGUUAGAUCAUAACUCAAAAUGGUUAGGAAGUGUCAGUCACGACGAGUGUUUGAAAUUGACCGAUGUAUCAGAUCUUUUCGAAGAAAGUGACGGCGAAGACGAAGAUAUGGAAAAGGACAGUGAUGAUGACGACGAUGCUGAGGAAGGAAAGGAGGAUAAGGUCACCACAAAUGAAGGGGAAGACGAAGAUGAGGAUGAAGAUGGUGAUAUUGAAGUGGAUUCAGGUUCAGACUCAGAUUCAGACGAAGAAGUUCAAGUUGUGCGUGACAGGAAAAAGAAGAAAGGUGGUUUAGGUGAUUUGGGUAAAGGUGGACAAGCUCAAAAAGAUGAAGAUUUCUUUGCGGACUUGUAA